CUCUGGAGAGGAGGGGUGACAGGGAGCUGUCUACUACUGUAUGCUAGAGUAAUGAGAUUAUUGAACUCCUAAAGCUUAGUCUUAAUAGUAGUAGUUGGGGGGCUAUUUAUCGGACACCGCACCGCAUGUUCUUGCGUGUGCGCGACCGAGGACUCGCCUGCUCAGCUAGUCUCCUGCCAGCCCAGGAGAAGCGCACCGUUUAAUGACAUUCUUUUUUGGAAAGAAACUGCUUAUUGAUACCUCUGUCACCCUUUGCGCACAUGAAUUUUCUGAUGGAAGAGAGGAGGACGGAGGUUAAAAUUGUUGCUGUUUGCUAUUUUGGGGGAUCAGAAACUUUUAUUCUCCGUGCCUGAGCGAUAGAGACCACACCAAACCAUGGAGAACCAAACCGAAUCGCAGAGCAGCACCGAGGACGUCCGUAAGAGCGGCUAUCUGCGCAAGCAGAAAUCCAUGCACCGGCGCUACUUCGUGUUACGGACGGCCUCGGAGCUCGGCCCGGCUCGACUCGAAUACUACGAAAGUGAGAAGAAAUUUCGAGGUAAAACGCCUGUGCCCAAAAAGGCAUUGGCGCUGGAGACGUGCUUCAACAUCAACAAACGGGCCGACUCCAAGAAUAAACACAUGAUCGUGCUCUACACACGGGCUGAAAGCUUCGUAGUGGCGGCGGAGAAUGAGACGGACCAGGAGGAAUGGUACCAAGCCAUGGUGGAACUUCAAUGCAAGAGUAAAGCACUGUGUGACAGUGCGAUUGGUGGAGACUAUGGAGUACCAUCCCCUGGUCCUGCUUUCAAAGAGGUCUGGCAGGUGAAGGUUUGGCCAAAAGGUCUAGGACAAGCCAAGAACUUGGUCGGCAUUUACCGGCUUUGCCUGACUGAAAAGACAGUCAACUUUGUUAAGCUAAACUCUGAUGCAGCCGCUGUUGUGCUCCAGCUGAUGAAUGUGAGACGCUGUGGUCACUCUGAAAACUUCUUCUUUGUGGAGGUCGGCCGCUCUGCAGUAACUGGCCCUGGAGAGUUUUGGAUGCAAGUGGAAGAUUCUGUGGUGGCACAGAAUAUGCAUGAGACUUUGCUGGAAGCCAUGAAGGCCCUGAGUGAGGAAUUCCGCCAGCGCAGCAAAUCACAGUCAGCUGCUGGAGGAGCAGGAGGUGGUGCUACUGCAUCAAAUCCAAUCAGUGUUCCAUCUCGACGGCAUCACCCCAACCCUCCACCCAGCCAGGUUGGAUUCACAAGACGUCCACGGACUGAGCCACCGGGUAGUACAAUAGUAGGUGGAAAUAGCAAUAGCACCUCUCCAACUUCUCGGCACAGCUUUCCCCGAACUCGAAUGUCCAGUGAUGGUGGAAAAUUUGAAGACGAAUGUGGUGCAGCAACUACAGGAAUUGCAUCCUGCUCAAGUCCCACCACCAACGGGUCAUGCUCAAAUACCCCUAUUUUGAGAUCAAAAUCUGUUCGCACUCCAACCCCGGCCAAGGCACAGCAUACUCUAAUGAGAUCCACCUCAACCCCAGCUUCUUCAGCUGCAACAAUCCUGCCUUCCAACUCAAGUUCUGGAUCAGAAUUUUGUGGGAUUGUAAAUAGUGUUGGGGAUGUAAAUGGUGGUGUGUACAGUCGAAUACCCCUCCGUCAGCUCUCUGUCACUGGCUCAUUCAGUGACUAUGGCUCCUCGGAUGAAUAUGGCUCUAGCCCUAGUGAUCACUCUCUGCUAACCCCAACAAUGAAGGCAGGGUCUGCAGAUAGCUCAGGUGGUCAUUCCCUUGGUGAAGAAGCAUCCAACUACAUCCUUAUGGGUCAGAGGGGGACAUCCAAAGCCCAGCCAACUCAAAAUGCAGUAUCACAGACCAGGAGGGUUCUGAGACGAUCUUCUAGUAGAGAGUGUGAAGCAGAGCGCAGGAUAAUGAACAAACAGGCCUCCCUACCACCCAUGGCUUUAGAGAGAUCUGCAGCACUCCGUCGAGCCGGUGAGGAACCGGUUGAAGAAGAUGACUAUGCAGUCAUGACUCGCACCACCAGUCGAGAAUCUUUUGGUUCAAGGCAGGAUUCUGGAACAACAGCAAGUGAAACGGGGUACCUAGAAGUAGCUGCUGACCUCAAAGAUGAUGCUGGUAGCAAUGGAACAAGUGGCCCUGCUGUCAUUGAAGAAAGCAAUGGAGCUGUGGAUAAUGCAUAUAUGUCCAUGUUGCCAGGAGUGACAUCUUCCCCAGUAUCCCUUUCUCUCUCCCUCUCAGUAGCAGUAUCAGAUCCAGACUCAAAACCGGAUGAAUACAUGGCUAUGACCCCAAAUAACAGCAUUUCACCCCCCCAGCAGAUUCGACCACCACCUUCUGGCACAGAUGGUUAUAUGAUAAUGUCUCCCAAUAGUAGCUGUUCACCUGAUCAACGAGGAGUACCUACUGCCUGGGUUGGCAGUAGCAGUGCUGACAGCCGGACUGGUAGUGACUAUAUGAAUAUGUCACCUAUUAGUGCCCACUCUUCCAAUAGCACCCCACCUCCACAUGAGCCCCUCACACCAUCUGACCCUCAUCCUCAGAAGCCUCAACCCAAGAUGGUAUUUUCUUACUAUUCUCUACCCCGCUCCUAUAAACAUAAUACUUCAAUGCAUUUUGAGGAAGGACCAGGAAGAGGGAAUCAUCUGGUUAAUGGUGGUAGAUGUCUGGGUGGAGGUAGAGGGCUUAAUAAUAGAAAGUCCAAUCAUCAGGAACCCCCAAAUGGACAACAUCUGUCCCUUUCAUCCUCUUCAUACUCCUCAAGUUCAGCCAGCAAUGAAAGCUUGGGUGAAUGUGAAGAAAAGGCAAUCAAGAUAACAGGAGGAGCAGCAGGAGCUAUUGCAACGGAUAUUGAGCAACGGCAAAGACAAGGGUCUUGGAGUAUAAAGAAAGGUCAUCCUGGCCAAAGGAACCGACCUCUUAGCCUGUUUGUGGACAUCUCAAAAGCCAACACCCUUCCAAGGGUCCGUGAGACACCCCUUCUAUCUGAACCUAAAAGCCCUGGGGAGUAUGUAAGCAUUGAGUUUAAUGGUGAGAGGAACAUUCUACCCAGUGCCCACCAUCCCUUACCAAGGCUAACUUCUUGUGUUGCUGGUUUUUUACCCUUCUCACAUAGCUCCUCUGCUUCUAUCCCACAUUCAACUGCCUCUGAGUAUGUUAAUAUGCAGCUGAGAGCCUCACCUUCCCCUUCUCCCAUCUCACUGACAGCACUAGGGUUUCACUCAAUUCCCACCCCUCCUCUUACACCUGCAGCAGCCCUUAAAGCUUGUGAGGAGCAUAGGUCGACAACCCUAAAUGAGGACGAGGCAGAAGAUGAGAUGGGACAUAGAAAAAACAGACAAGUGUCAGUACCCCAGUCUGGAAACUCAGCCACUUCAUGUAGUGACUACACAAAGAUGGCCUUUAGCCUGAACUCAAGUAACACUUCAAGCUCUACAUCAAUCAAGACCUCCUUGCCAGACCAGCCAGAGUCAGCAGUUCCACUCCUAGGUUUGGGAUUGGGACUAGACUUUCCUCUUGCCAAGGUUCCAAACCCGGACCAUGGUGCUAAGGUAAUUCGAGCAGAUCCUCAAGGUCGUCGACGCCACUGCUCUGAAACAUUUCAGGCCCCUUCCUCACUGCCACCUUGCCCCACAACAUCAUCUUCCUCUGCAUUCCCUGAACACACCCAAGCUAUUGCCCGUCGACUUGGUUUUGAUUGUAUGCUAUGGGGGAACAGUGGCUCAGCAGACAUUUCAUCUCAGUACAUCAACCCUGGGCUACCCAACCAAUCUAUUUCACAGGCAUCCUCCAUGGAGCAGGGCCUGAAUUACAUAGACUUGGAUCUGGCUAACAAAGAGAACCCCCAUGCUGCCUCAGAAGGGCAAGCUGCUGUCCACACACCUGCUACCCGCCUCUUUUCCUUUGUGAUGACUGGAGGAGCUGCAGGGAGUUCUGUAGGAACUGGAGGUUCAGGCAGUAAUGCUUCAAGCCUGAACACGUAUGCUAGCAUUGACUUCUACAAGUCAGAAGAGCUACGGACACACCAAGGCAGCAGCUGCAGUAAAGAUGGUACAGAAUGUUGAUGACUGUUCCUGGUACAGUGAAAUUCUGGGAAAUGGAAUGCUGGAACUAUCCUGUGCACCUUAAAGCACAUGUCAGAACAGUACAGAGAGAGGUUUGUGUGUGUGUGGGCAAAGCCCAAGCAACAUUGUAGGCACUUUUUGAAAAACCAUUCUGAAAGGAUUUUUUGCAGUAAACAAUGGGAUCAGCAACAACUGCCUUUGCUGUCCAGACUUUCUACAGACAAGCACAACAUGCAAUCAUAGAGGAAAAUGAAGACUGACUGCCAACACGGAGCCAAUGACAAUGAACCCUGAUCUUCACCAGUAACUUGAACAGUUUGUGUCCAGUAUUCACAAAAGGAUUCAAUCAUUAUAUGAAAUAAAGAUUAAUUAGGUUGAACAUAUUAUGUACAGUAUACACAAAAAAAGUGCCUAUAGUUUUUAAUUGUUGCUUUUUGAAUAUAGACUUUAGUUUUUUUCAGGCACUGUCUGACAUGCUUGAAGAAAAAAGGUUGUCUUUCUGUUACUUUCUGUUAUAAAAAGAUAAAAUCAGCAGGAAAAGAGGCUCUUUCAGAGUGCUUUAGACCUUAAAGAGCAACAUGCAGGUUGGACACCCCUAUAUAGCAUAGUGUAUGUUGAUGAUAAAACAACUAGAUUUUCUGAACUGGAGUAAUAUAUAUUUAGCCAUUAACGAUAUUUUGAGAUAAAUUGUGAUAAAAUAACUUCCGCGUCUAUAAAGCACUAACCGGAAGUGACGAUGGGCGAGGGAGUCUGGUCAAGUUCAAGCUCAGGUUACAAUGUAUGCGAAUGAAGAAACCGAGUUCUCCGGUGUGGACGAACAUGCCUAUGAUGGCCCACAGGCCUAUAAUUAUGUGCAAAUUAAGAGUUAAAAUAAUUAAAAGUAAGACUUACUCUGCUAAGUCCUCGUUUUCGUUGCACAGAAUGUCUGCUAACGUUAGCACUUUGUCCUCCAGUCCAGCCCGCGCCAAAAUCCGGUGUAAACUUUGACGGUGGACUUGAUUCCAUCGAGUGCACCGAGGGAACAGCAUCAGUAAUCAGCCUCACGUGGUCCUUACUCCGAAAUCCCAUCCGAGACUCCAACAAAUCUCCAGGUCGAUAAUUCUCCGGAGUGAAAUGUGCGCCACAAACGACCGAGUGUGUGGUAACAGACACGGCAGUGAAGUCUGCUCUCUUCACCUGCACAAAACGCUCUCAAGACCGAAAAGCCUUGUUUUUUUCUAGAAGGAAAAUGAUGGACACGAUGUCCUGACAGGCUGGAAUUCGUGCAACCAGCACAAACACAAUAAUUUACCAUUAUGGCUUCUCUAAAACUUUCUGUCUCUCACUACUGCUCUAACUACAUCAACACCCACAAUGAGAGCUGACCGCAAGCUCUUUUGUUUGCCUCGCCCUACGUCAUAUGACGCGUUGAUAGCGGGAAAGGCGUAUUCCAGAGCCUAGCACAUUUUCAUCAAAAUCUCUACAUCAAAUGAGAUUUCAUUAGUAAUUUCUACAUAUGUGUUUUUAAAAGACCUCUGCAGACAAUAUAAAGUAUUAAUUCAGUUAUAAAUUCAACCUGCAUGUUGCUCUUUAAGAUGCAAUGUUUCAUUUUAUGUGAUUGAAUAAAGGCUUUGAGGGAUAGACAGUCCAUUAAAUGUGUUGUCAUUAGAUCUCAAUGUUCUAGAUUCUUUUUUUGUCCUCUCGAAUUCUUUAGCAUGUCAUAUUCUGAAUGUUUUGUCAGCUGAACAAUUGACACCAAACAGUACAACCCACUGAACAGACUACAUCUAUUCCUCACAACCUUGUUUUAAUUUUGAAAAAUUAAAUAGUGCAUCUAUCUUGACUAAUGUUAGAUAUCAACGGUAUUGUUGGGUGAUAAUUAUGAUGAUGAAGAAAAAGUCAUUAUGAAACUCAAAUGGUGUUUAGCUAACCUUGCCUGCUAGCUUUAUUGAUUCAAUGCAUCACCCAUCUUUUGACCAGUUCAUCAUCCUCCAUUUUUUCUUUUUUUCUCCUAUUAUUGUCCUCCCUUCUACCUAUGCUUGAUACGUUCCAGCUGUGCAUUAGUACUAAAGUGUCUGUCUCUCUUAUCUCUCUGUUUCUCUGCAUCUCUCCCUUUCCCUUCUGCUCCCUUCCCAGCAUCGCCCUGAAAGGAACCAGUUAAAGACAUUUGGCUCAGUGACAUUAAGAGUCUAUUUUUACUCUAAGGGUGGGGCAAUUCUGAUGGUGUCCUGCGGUAACUUACCUCGACUGGCACGCAAGGAUGCUAGCUGACCCAAUCCACACUAGACUAUACCAAUGUUAGUCUCAAAUGGGGGUGUGUAAAGGAUAUUAUAUGAAAAUCCUCCCUAUUCUCUGUAUUACAGUGACACCCAUUGCUGGCCAACAGUGGUAAAAUAAAAACAUGAUUUUGAGUGUAGGCAUCUGCAUUAAUCAUUUGUUUUAUUUAUUCCCAUUCUUGGGAGUAUUUUAUUUAGUUUUUCUGAUGAUGAAUAUGUCCAUUAAAGUUUUCAUUUUCUUUUUUUUAAAGAGCCCAUGAAAUCGAAACUGUAGUUGUGUGGCUUUUAGUUCAUGUCUGUUUACUUUGAGAUCAUAUACACUCACUUAACACUUUAUUAGGAACACCUACAUAUUCAUGCAAUAAUCGAAUCCGCCAAUUGUGUGGCAGCAGUCCAAUUUAUAAAAUCAAGCAGAUAUGGUCAAGAGCUUGUUGUUUAUUUAGUUAAUGUUCACAUCAACAAUCAGAAUGAAACAAUAGGACCAUAGUGUUCCUAUCAAAGUGCUAAGUGAGUGUAUUUGGCUCUUUUAUCAGCCUCUGAAAGACCUCUGGGAUUUAGAGCUUUUGUGAUGAAUAAAUUAAUCCUCAAUAUUUAUGCUUUUCAAUGUAUGAUGUUAUGUGUUUGUGCUUGUAUAUACCAAUAGUGUGUUUGUUCCUUCCUAUUCAUUGAAAUGGUUCAGUAUGUUCUGGUCUGUCAUAUGAUUGCUUAGAUACAGAAUGUAACAAAUGGUGUUUAUUGGAUCCAGAUUGAGCUGGUCUAAAAGAAAAUCACUCUUGCUGCAUUAGAAAGCAGAGUUGGAAAUAACCAGUCUUAUUUUGUGAGUAUCCCCACAUAGUAGCUAAACUUAUACAGAACAGGUCAUUAUGCAAAUUAAUGCUAAACAAUAUGGUUUGCUACUUGUAGCAGGAGGUACAUUUACACAAUGUUCAUUUAAAUUCAUCCAAAUAAUGUCCAAGUUUAAAUGUGCUGUAAUUUGCAGUGUACAUUUCAACAUUCAGACACUAAGGUAAUCAUAAAAAUGUCAAGCCAAAGAACUAGACAGUCAGACAAAUUCAUUUAGAACACAGAAUAUUGAAAGGCAAAAUAAUCAUAUCGAAACAAUUACAAUCUCAUUAGUCCACAAAACUGCCUCAAGUCUUUGAGAGUUUAAUGGCAAACAGUGCAGUCCAUCAAUGCAGAUUAUUAACACUAAGAGGCACCAUGUGAAUAGUGCAAAUGGUCAAAUUAUGCAUAGGAUUAUAGUGAGAGAGGACAGUUCUAUAGGCUUUGCUGCUGUUUUGUCAUACAUUACUAUAGGUGAACAGAAGUUUACUAAAGAUAUUUUGUGUAUGGUUCCUGUUGACAGGGAUUGUAAGAAAUGACAAUGCUGUUUUUUUAUGUUGAAAUUUUCAUGCUGCUUAUAAAAAGGGCAGCCGAGCCAAUGUUUAUAUUACUCAUGUCUUUUUGUUGCUCUGUAAAAAAUAAAAAAAAUUAUAUAUAAACUGAAUUUUGCUGAAAAUUUGGCUUUAUUUUGCUUAAGUUCAUGAACAGUAAAGCACUUAAUAAAAUAAAAUAAAC